AUGGCGAACAGAAGGAUUCAGAAGGAGCUCAUGGAUUUGCAAAAGGAUCCACCAACAUCAUGCAGCGCUGGGCCUGCUGGGGCGGAUCUAUUCCACUGGCAGGCCACAAUCAUGGGCCCUGGUGAUAGCCCCUACUCAGGAGGGGUGUUCUUUGUCAACAUCCAUUUCCCUCCUGAUUACCCCUUUAAGCCUCCAAAAGUGAAUUUCCAAACAAAGGUGUAUCACCCGAACAUCAACUCCAACGGCAGCAUCUGCCUGGACAUCCUCAAGGAGCAGUGGAGCCCGGCGCUAACCAUAUCCAAGGUCCUACUCUCCAUCAGCUCCCUGCUCACCGACCCCAACCCCGACGACCCCCUUGUCCCGGAGAUCGCGCAGCUCUACAAGAACCAGAGAGCCCGCUACGAGGAGACCGCGAGGGCCUGGACCCAGAAGUACGCCAUGGGCUGA